CGCUGGGAUUGCGAUGACCAAAGCCCUGGCCAUAGAUGAGAGCAAAUACAGAGUCCGAGUCAACAGCAUCUCACCAGGUAACAUCUGGACUCCUUACUGGGAAAAAAUAGCAAAUGGUUAUAAGAAUCCAGAGGCCGUAGUCCAGGAAGCGGAAAGUUAUCAGCUAAUGGGACGCUUUGGGACCCCAGAAGAGGUGGCCUUGGGUAUUCUGUUCCUUGCUGCUGAUGCAACGUUCUGCACUGGUCUGAACCUUCUCCUCACUGGUGGAGCUGAAGUUGGCUUUGGAAUAAAGAGCCCGAUGGGCCCUGACUCUUCCCCAAUUGAUCUUGGGAAUCUGAAGGACUCCUCCAGAAACUAAUAGAACCAGAAAGAAGGUGUAACGAUUCCUGGUGUUAUGAGUGUGUGUUUAAAAGGUUUGGUUGCAGUACAAAGGUUAGUAGAGUAGAUUGAUUGAGAGACAAGUGUGGUGUGAUUGGUGGUUGACAGAGAGGGGGAGGAGUUUUGAAGAGAAUCUGUGUGGAUGUGUC